AUGCCAAACAGCGAUGGGAAGCUCUACCCAUCGCUGUUCAAGCCUUGGUCCAACAUUAUCACAAGGCAGAAUGCCCUUACCCAGCGAUGGGAAGCUUUACCCAUCGAUGGGAACCCAGCGAUGGGAAGGCUAAACCAUCGAUGGGAAGGCAUGACCGUUGGAAGUCAUUUAAG